AUGUUGGACACGUUUCCAGCUGAAGAUGUUCGAAAAUGGAUGGCUAACCAUACUACACAUGUCUGGCUCAUUGCUGCCUGCUAUCUUGGCUUCGUACUCACAGCACCCGGUAAAAUCGUCAAGAAGCACGGAUUAUUACCUCAAUGGUACUAUUAUAAUGGAUUGCUUCAAUUGUGUCUCCUAGUGGCAUUUCUCCCAACACUUUUGUUCUCCUUACUUAUAGGCGGUUGGAGAGAUUCCGUCUGUAGAAAUCACUCCCUUUACACUGGAGUUGUUAGUGGCACGGUGAUGUUUCUAUUCGUGUUCACAAAACUGCUCGACUUGGCCGAAACAGUGCUAAUUGUUCUCGAAGGACGUCACCCGCUGCUGAUUCAUAUUUUUCAUCAUGUCGUCACCUUACUUUUCACAUGGAAUAGCUAUUCUCACCACAGCUCCCUUGGCAGGUGGUUCGUAGCCGUCAAUCUGUUCUCGCACGUGAUAUUGUAUUCAUAUUUGAGCCCGAAAAAAUUUGGAAUAGCUCCAUGCUGGCUAUUUGUCGCUUUCACGCAAGUGUAUCAGUUGGUGUUCUGUCUUAUAUUAUGCUUCACUGCGCAAAGCGAAAUCGAUGAAGGUCGUAAAUGCGACGUCGAUCCAGGUCGACUAUCCUUGGACAAAUUCGUGUCGGCAGUGUUCUUCUUCAUCUUUGCCGACUUUUAUCACGUGAAGUACCGCAAGUUCCGCGAAACGCACGACUGCGCCCUGGCUCAGUACUUGCGCAGCUCGUCAACACGCUCGAUUCGUCGCACGACACCGCGCAGAAGCCCACAAAAAGUCUCAAUCCGACAAUGGUCACCGACUGGAAUCACACCGACAGAUCCAUAUGUUACGAAUUAG